AUGCGUUGUGCAGUGUUCGGUUGUAAUAAUAACAAUGGCAAAAAUAGUGCUACGAAGUGGAGAUUUUUUCAUUUCUCUAAGGAUAAAGCCGCAGUAAAACAAUGGAUUCAUUUUUGUCGUCGGACGGACAAAGUUAACGUUAAAAAUGCGUGCGCUUGUGAAGUGCACUUCGCGCCAGAAACUUUCGAAAGAAAUUUGCAGUUUGAAAUGGGUUUAAGUUCGCGGAAUCCAACGAAGUUGCUACCUAGCGCUUUUCCCACGUUAACCACUGCUCCUGCAGAGGCUAAUGAACGGCAGAAAAGGAUGGAGUCUCGUUCCAAAAAAGAGAUGUUGACAACAAUUUUGAAGAAUGCCGACCCUGUUGAAGUUAUUCAAGAAAACGAGGUUGGAGAGGCACCUCAAACUGCAGAAGAAGAGGUCAUCGAUGAGAAAGACGAGAAAAUACUGCGUUUGGAAACAGAAAUACAAAGGCUGAAUAGUGUUGCUAGCACUUUGAAUAAGUGCAAAAACGAGCAGUUAGCAGAAAUUAAACGCCUCAAGAUUUUCACUAAAACUGUGGAAUUCCAUAGAAAUAAUUUGGAGCAAAAACUUAGCUGCAUUUUCACCAACGGCCAGAUUGAAAAAUUAAGGGAUGGAAACAAACGGCGGAAUUGGAAAGAAGAAUACAUAGCUAAGUCGAUCACGCUAUGUUCAACGAGCCCAAAAGUGUACAAACUUUUAAGGAGAAACCACUUUCCUCUACCAGGUGUGCGCACUCUGCAAUGGUGGUCAAAAAAAGAGAGCCUUGCAACCAAUAUUUGACGACGUCAAUGGUACUGAAUUGCAUAUACAUAUGUACAAAUUACGUCCAGAAGCACAUAGAUUUAAGUGGUUUUGUAAAUUGUAGCUCGAAAAUAAAACAAUUAUUUUUCAGAGCUGGAAUGUAUUUUAGGAUUCGUUCCUUAAAUAAAAACUUAAUUGAACAUAUUGUUACGAAUUUACUGCUUGUUAGUUUACUUUGUUAGGUUCGUAUCUCUGGAUUGACAAAUAAAACCAAAACUGUUUAAUUUAAUUCAACAACUCUUUAUUUCACGAGUUGUCUACACUAUAUCAGUUUACUCUUAGCACUGGUUGAUUACGUUGGCGCUGCCACGGCUUAUAUAGCCACGCACUUCUCGCUGAUGCCGACGUGUCCUUCUAGAAUAUUGCGUCUGGAAAUUACCAGAACAUAAUGCUAUACGGCGCCAGACGCAAGCAGACAGUCGCGGCGCCAGACUCAGCAAUUGUUUAACUAGACAAGCAGACAGUGCGGCGCCAGAUGUCUACAACAAGACAAAUGCUAUUCCAUAUACCUACAACUAUUGUUCAUAAUAAGGGAUGCAUAUAGCAAUACAAAUACAAUUAAUACUACUUUUUGUAACAAUAUGUUUAGUAAAAAAAGAAAAUUAAAUAAAACAAUAAAUUGAUAUUUGGUUACAAAAUAUUCAAUCUUUUUUUUUACAUAAAUGUAUAUGGUUGAAACAAACACAGCAAAGAGACA